UACGGAGAGAGACUUAUAGAUACGGAUAGACUAGAAGAAAUCCUACCGUUUCAUGAACGUCGCGAAACAUUACUGCCGUCUUCGAUCUAGGCUGUCGCUGUCACAGCGGGUGUCCGUUAACUGUCUCCGGUUUCCCGCGGCUGCCGUUACAAAUCUUCCCAAUCGAGUGCAAUUCCAAGUCGGCGCAUUUUCUGCGACCAGGAGCGCCUUCUUCUCUUCGUCGCCCAUCAUGGGCAAGAGCAGUAAGGAUGGAAACGACCUUCCACCGAAACCAAAGGCACUGUUUCUAAAUUGCACCAGGCUGGACUACGACAAGAACCUAAACUUCGAGGGGCUUUCCGCCAUCACGGACUUUCAUCGCCACGAUGUUGACGCGAUUCCGCCCAGGGGGGACCCACCUGACGAAGCUUCCGAGGACGAAAUCGUGCGGCUAGUCAACGAGGUCCACGCCGGAACGGAGAUUCUGAUCCUGAAAGAAAUGCAGCUGCCCCAAUCCGCCGUCGAACGUUUCUCGGGUUCGGUCAAGCUCAUCUGCGAGGCAGGGACGGGAUACAACAACAUCCCCAUCGAGACCUGCCGCGGGAAAAACAUUGCGGUCUGUAACAUCCCGACGUACAGCACCGACGCUGUGGCACAGACCGCCAUCACGUACAUAAUGAAUUUCGCCAUGAACGUCUUUGAGCAGCAGCGGAUGCUCUGCAAAAACGACCGAUCAAAUUUCACCGGUCCAUUUACGUUGCCCCUGAUGGAACUGGCGGGAAAAACCCUAGGUCUGGUGGGGGGAUCGGGGCGGAUUGGCACCAGAGUCGCCGAGAUUGCCCUCACACUGGGGAUGAAGGUGAUCAUAAGUCGCCGUGGUGUCGCGUCCCUGCCUGAGUCCCACGCACUUGCGGGGAACACACGCGUCACCGUGACCACCGAUGUGGGCGAGCUCCUCGAGGCAUCGGAUUUCGUCAGCCUCCACGCGCCCCUUAACGCCGAGACGGAGGGGACCUUUGGUCGAAGCGAGGUCUCCAGGAUGAAGCCCACCGCCUAUCUAAUCAACACCUCCAGGGGUAAGGUCUGUGCGGAGGAGGAGCUCCUCGACUGCUUGGAGGAGGGACUCAUCGCUGGGGCGGGUCUAGACGUGACGGCCUCGGAGCCGCCCGCCCCUGACUCGAGACUGUGGUCGCUUAMCAACGUUUGGCUGAGCCCUCACAUCGGCUGGAGGCGSCUGGAAACCCGGCAGCGGUUGGUGAACAUGACCCUGGACAACGUCGCCGCCUACRUUUCCGGGAAGCCUAUCAACCUCGUGGGUUAGGUGGUGACCAAGAAUCUGAGUUAAAUAUUGCAUUCCAGCAAUGCAUUACCAGCGAAGCACAAUCUUCCGGUCUUACCAAUUGGAACAUUUAGUGUUUUACUCCGUUCAAAAACUAUUUCGAUUAGAGCUAUUCCCAUGGGACGUGUUUCAACAAUGCCUAGGGUUGGGUAAGUACAAGAAAGUUACUUUAGCCAGGCGCUAUAGAUAAUGACUGCGCAAAUGUAUUGUAGCCGUAAAGGACAAGGCCAAUCGGAGUCUACUUGCCUACGUACUUCUACUCAAUAUUGAAACCAAAAACGGCUUUGGAUUUCAGGUUUUGAAAGCGGAAGAGGCAAGAAUAGACGUUAGUACAUCGUGCUGUAGAAGGUGCACAAAGUCUCCAAWAGGUAGUACGGUACUCGUACCAUUGAAGGAAGGACACUAGACACAAUAACAUUAGCAUUUCGAU